AUGACAGGGCGGCUCGCGGCCGGCGACCGCCGGUUCCGCAAGUACACGACCGCGGACGUCGCGCGUCACUCCACCCCGGAGGACUGCUGGUUAAUCGUGCACGAGAAGGUGUACGACGUCAGCGCGUUCGUGCCGCGUCACCCGGGCGGGAACAUGAUCUGGGUCAAAGCCGGCGGCGACUGCACGCAACUCUUCGACUCGUACCACCCGGUGAAGACGAAAGCGACGCUGGAUAAGUUCUACAUCGGCGACCUGGAGCGCGUGAACGGGGACGAGCGCGAGAUCAUCACGUACGUCGACGACAUGAAGAGGGGGAAGUUUUACAUGGACGCGAAGAUCGCGGUGGAGAAGUACUUCAAAGAUAACAAGCUGAACCCGCGCGUGCACUGGGAGAUGUACGUCAAGUCGUUCGUCAUCCUCGCCGGGGUGGCGAUCUGCCACUACUGCAGCUUUUUCCUGACGUCGUGCACGUUCCUGACGUCGUGCGCGUUCGCCGCCGCGCACGGGAUGUUCAAGGCGGAGAUCGGCGUGUCGAUCCAACACGACGCCAACCACGGCGCGUACGGGAACUCGAACCUGUUCCGUCACGCCAUGCAGCUAUCGCUGGACGUCGUCGGCGCGUCGUCGUUCAUGUGGCGGCAGCAGCACGUCGUCGGGCAUCACGCGUACACGAACGUGGAGGGGGUCGACCCGGACAUUCGAUGCGCGGACGAGGGCGACGUGAGACGCGUCAACGAGCACCAGCCGCACGAGAAGUACCACGUCUUCCAGCACGUGUACCUGUUCUUCGCGUACGGACUGCUGUCGUUCAAGAGCUGCUUCGCGGACGACUUCACCGCGUGGGCGUCCGGGAAGAUUGGCUGGGUCAAGGUGGCGAAGUUCACCUCCGGGGAGUCCCUCUCGUUUUGGGGCUCCAAGCUCCUGUGGGCGUUUUACUACCUGUACUACCCGUCGACGCGCUCGCACCACUCCGCGCUGAGACUCGCGACGCUGGUGUGCAUCACCGAGGUCAUCACCGGGUGGCUGCUCGCGUUUAUGUUCCAAGUCGCGCACGUCGUCGGCGACGUGCGGUUCUUCCAGCUCUCGAAGGAGGGCAAGCUGAACUUGGGUUGGGGCGAGUCGCAGCUGUACAGCAGCGCGGAUUUCGCGCACGGGAGCAAGUUCUGGACGCACUUCUCCGGGGGGUUAAACUACCAGGUCGCGCAUCAUCUCUUCCCGGGCGUGUGCCACUGCCACUACCCCGCGAUCGCGCCGGUGAUCAUGAAAGUCGCGAAGGAGCACGGGCUCGAGUACUGCGUGUAUCCCACGUUUUGGUCGGCGCUCGCCGCGCACUUCUCGCACCUGAAGCGCGUCGGGCAAAAGACGUACGUGCCGUCGCUGCAGACGGUGGGGUAG